CGGCGUUUGAAAAAUUACCAAAAUAGCUGGGUUCGUCUUGCAACUCCUUUUUCUGUUCGUUUCCCGUUAUGGCUAUGGUCAAUCGCCAAAAGUUGCUGUGGGCAGCUGGCCUCUUCACAGCAUCGGUCUUUUUGAUUCGGUACCUGUUAUCAGUAUCCAUGUCGCUCUCGUUUGCACCCAAUGACGCAGCCGAUACUGACACCCCAGCGGACGGCACGGUGAUUACUCGCUACCAAAGAGAUUACAGUACCCUUUUGAUCUACUGUAGCCAUCUGUUGUUCAUCUAUAUGACUGUGUGCUUGUACAAAUGGUGGCAACACAAAUAUUGGUUCAAACAUGGCGGCCGAGCAAGGGAUCGCUGGUACUAUCGCUGGCGUCGCUGGGUCGGUUACGAAUGGUGUUACCUAGGCACGACAUGGAGUUUCGAUCGUCUAUUGCAGAUUGGAGGAUUGUGGCUCGUCAACUAUUACCAGCUGCUGCGAGAUCUGGUGAUCGAUUAUCCUCACCGCACUUUGGCCGAUAUGGAGCGGCAAGAACUCGCGAAUCGCGCCGCCCAGCUAGCUCUCGUCAACUUUACAGUCUGUGUGUUGCUUUCUGUACGCCGAUCUUUGUUAUGGAGAAACGCAGCUUACGAUCAAACCAUCCGCUGGCACAUGUGGUUUGGCCGCUUUGGCAGCCUCUUUGCCAUCUACCACGCCUGUUAUCAGAUCUCGAGAAAUUACGCUCGUCACGAUGGUCAGCUAUUGCAGACUUUCACAUCCAAUGUACGCUACAUGACAGGUACCACGAUGUUCUUAUGCGCUUUCGUGCUCGUUUUUGGGUCCCAUUCGCUCGUGCGUUCGCUAUCGUAUAAUUUGUUUCGGUUAUUGCAUCUUGGUGCCUUUCUCGGUUUGUUGGCGGUCGGGAUCUGGCAUCAUUGGGCGUUUUUGAUGCUGUAUGCGGUCGCUCUGGGUUGCUGGCUCGUUGACGUUGUGCAACGGUAUUUCCUAGACUCAGCACCGACACGCAUCGUAUCCAUGGAAGCAAUGUCUGGAAAGAUUGUCAAAUGCAAAAUUGAGUUGCCUUACUCUAUGUCUCGGUUCGUACCUGGGGAAAUGGUAUACUUGUCCAUCAAUCGAUCGCGGUUCGGUCACUGGAUGUAUUCUCAUCCAUUUUCGAUUUGCUACAUGGAAACCUAUGAGAUGGAAGAAGUACCGGAAAAUGAGACAGCUGCUGGGGAUCUCCUGAUCAAGCAGGGCAAGCGGACGGUGUUAACGUUUUGCAUUCGAGCCACUGGAAAACGGACCCAAGCAUUGUAUCGUUUAGCGCAAGCUCAGCAAGACAUGGAUCGUGUCACCCUUCGUGUCAGCCAACCGGUGGGCUGGCCGAGAUUGACAAGUGCUGGGCAUAGUUACGGCGAUUAUGAUAUGGUAGUCCUUGUGGCGGAAGGUAUCGGUAUUACGCCGUGGAUAUCGGUGAUGCAAUACUUGUGCGAAUGUUCACGAACGCUCCACACCAGCAAAGUGUCCCUUAUCUGGAGCAUCCGUACGCCAGCUACAUUACAUGCUUUUGACGAAAUGCUGCAACAGCUGCAGUCCCUAGCCGCCAACCAUCUCAUGAUCUCGUUUGAUAUUUUCCUCACACGCACAUUAUCAGCGGAAGUAGAAGAGGAAAAUAUCAACCUAUCCCCUGCAUGUCGCCUUCACUACGGUUAUCCUGAGUAUUAUGCGCUUUUCAAAGAACUCCAGAUGCAAGAUUCAGAUUACUCGCAGGUGGCUCUGGGUGUUUGUGCGCAUAACGAAACCAUUAGUCUGUGUGGCAAUCUUGCAAGAAGCGCCGAGUUUAGCAAUUCUCAAACGUUAUGGACAGUUCAUUCUGAGCGGUUCCAACUGUAAAAGUGUAUAUAUAUCAAUCCAUCGAUAACAUAGAAGCGUGGAAAACAUACGAUACCCGCGUCACUCCCGUGACGGACGAUUCUACGUUUAAUUUAUUACUAGUCUAUCCCUUAUAUCCAUUUCCCUACCAUUAUAUUUCAUUGUACUUUAUGCAUUUAGCUUAUUUAUGGGGCUUCCAAGCUAAACUGGAUAAAGAAAACUCAACAUCGAUC